UGGUCAAGUGCCAGCCUUGUGACAAACAAAUAGAUAUUUUUCUACAUCUUACCUCUCUUUCCACCAUACAAUUAAUAUCGUCCUCAUUUUCGAUUCAACUUUCUUUUUGUUUUUUCUUGCUCUCUUUCUAUAAUUCUAUCAUAACAAGCUCUUCUGUACUCCUUAUUCUAGAAAAAUUAUAAAUAAAUAAAAAAAAAGGUUGUUUUUCUAGUCAAAUAUUCGGCCAUCAGAGAUUCUAACCUUUUGGCAUCUCAAGGCGAACUUCAUCUGCAUAACACGAAGGAAUAGCCACAAAGGCUAUAUACCAAGGAGGAAAUCAUGCUGCUGAGAAGUUCUUCAACACCAGUUCUUGGGUCCCUUCUCUCAUCUUUCUCCGAUUCUACUCCCAACAGCACCCCAAAUCACCAUGAAAUUACCAAGUCAACCACCACCAACACCAAACUCUCAUUCCACCAUGCUACACAUCUCAGUACCAUAGUCUCAUGUAAUUCCUCUCCUAUCUCUGAUUAUGACCGGUUUUCACAUAAAGGCUUCAGAAGAGCACAGUCUGAAGGGAAUUUGGACGGACUAGACUAUGCUCCUUGUAGCAACAAUGAAGAUCAAUUCUAUGAUUCGCACCAACCCAAGAUGUUUACAGGGAGGCAGAGGUGCUCCAUGUUACAAACUAUACCAUCUUUUUCGCUCUAUAAUUCUACAGGUUACCUUGAAAAUGAAGAAGAUGAAGAAGAAAGCUACGUAGAAGAUGAUGAAGAGAGAGAUCGGGAUUUGGAGGGCAGUGAAGACCUCUUGGAGAGAGAUCUAAGAGGUGGACAUAGGGUCAUGGCAUCGAAAGGUGCUAAUUUCAGUUUGGAGGAUAAGGUGAAGAGCAUGAGUAUUACCGAGGUUAGAGUUAAGGAUGAGACCUGUAAUGUGUCUUUUGAAGAUGAAAAUGACAAGCCGAUAAACCAACAAAUGUAUCUUGCAACAGGCCUUGGGAUUGGUUUUGGUGGUGGCGGAGGCUGCGGUGGCGGUGAUGGUGGAGAGUGGUACCCAGCAGGCACCGGAGGGGAUGGAGAGGACGAACAAGGGGUCGAGGAGUAUUAUAAGAGGAUGGUAGAGGAUAACCCUGGCAACCCUUUGUUUUUGAGAAAUUAUGCGCAAUAUUUGUAUCAGUCUAAGGGAGACCCUCGAGGAGCCGAGGAAUACUACUCCAGAGCCAUCCUAGCAGAUCCCCAAGAUGGUGAGAUUCUAUCACAAUAUGCAAAGUUAGUAUGGGAGUUGCACCAUGACCAAGAUAGAGCAACAUGCUACUUUGAACGAGCACUACAAGCUUCACCGGAAGACAGCCAUGUUCAAGCGGCAUAUGCUAAUUUCCUCUGGGAUACUGAGGACAAUGAAGAACAAGAUCUCAAUACCAUGCCCCUGCAUCUUCAUGAAGGAACCAUGGCUUCAGCAAUUGCUUAAAAAUUGUAUCAAAUAGUUGAAAAGAUUAUAUGAAUUGUAUAAGUUUCCAGUUUAGAUGGCAAACCAAUUAUAUGUCAGCAAGAUGGUUCGAUCAGACUUAAAACAGUUAUGUCUUUAUAUGACAAAUCUAAAAAAUUGUAUCAAAUGGUUGAAAAGAGUAUGUGAAUUGUAUAAGUUUCCAGUUUA